CGGAGGCAAGAUGGCGGAGGUGGAGCCGCGUCCGUUGAGCGAUGCCGGUGCAGGCCCAGCGCAUGGGGUCGGCACGGCCGGCAACGGGGAUGCGGGGGAGCAGGAGGUGGCGGGGGGCGGAGGCAAGAGGACCGAUGAUUUUGGAGUGGAGACAGCAGAGGAAGCUACAGAACCUUCAGAACCAGACAUAAAUGAACUCUGUAAGGAGAUGUUUACAAAAAUGUCCGUCUAUCUGCAAGGAGAGCUUACAGCUACCUGUGAAGAUUACAAACUAUUGGAGAACAUGAACAAAGUGACUGGCCUUAAGUACCUUGAGAUGAAGGAGAUCGCUGUUAAUAUUAAUCGCAACCUCAAAGAUCUAAAUCAGAAAUAUGCUAGCCUACAACCGUACCUUGACCAGAUCGGUCAGAUUGAAGAACAAGUAGCGGCACUGGAACAAGCAGCAUACAGAUUGGAUGCAUACUCCAAGAAACUAGAAGCCAAAUUUAAGAAAUUAGAGAAGCGAUGACCUCCACUACACUGAAGGUGUCAUGAAUGAUCUAUGUCCAUCCAUGGGUAGAUGAUGUUCAAGCGAUUGACAAAGAACUAGACAACUGAUGAGACUGUGAUGGAGCGAGUCUUUAUUAUUCUGCACUGAAAAAUCCACAGCAAAGAGUGGUUGAAUUAGAGCAUUCUUUUACCUGCACACAUGGGCAAGAAUCUCAGCUACAAGUAACCUAUUUGGACUAGAUACGUUGCAAUUACUAACUAUUUUGUAAUAAUAGUAAAUAUUUGCUGUACAAGUAGCUUGAAAGCUUAACUUUCUGUUGUGUUUGAAUUUGGGUUUGAAUGGGUUGUUCCUUCUCUGUCUCAAUCUGCUCUGUGACCAUUGGAGCAAAGCCUCUCGAUCAAUCCUAUGAGUACUGAGGUGGAGUGCGAUAAGGCUCUCAAUGCUUCAGCUCUCCCUGCACCUCCAACCAUUGGCCUUCCAUGGACAGAGCCUCAGUCUUGUGAAGUAAUUGCUUAGAAAUGGUCUUGCUAAAUUAUGAAAACUUUUACCUGGUAUAUUGAAUCUUCGUUAAUUGUUUAUAAUAGUUCCCAAAUUCUCAUUGAAGAUGCUGAUGGCUGGUGUCAAUUUUUGGUCAAGUCCAUUUGGUGUGUAGAAGAGAGAACUAUUGGUAUUUUGUAUAAAAGCGAUUGAAACGUAAUCUGGAACAAGUGGUCUGUAUCCUGUUGUAAGUAUUGAACUGGUGUAGUUCUCCAGAAUCUGUUCACGAUACUGGUGGGUUAGUUCAACCAUUGUACAAUCUGGUACAAUGCUGCACCCAACUUGGAUUACUUAUAAUUUGUAUUAAUUGCGACUUGUUAUGGCAUAUUGAAAAUAAGGAGUGAAUGAAAUGAUUUUUUUUACCUUGAACAAUGCAAAGCAAAUACUUUACUACCCCCCCCCCCCCCUCCCCCUCCCACUCAGUUUAGUUUUCUAAAUCUUCAAUUGCCAUGACAUAUUCUGCCACUGGUUUAUAUGAAAGUGUAAUGCUGUCGGCUGCCUCUUCUUCCAUGCCUGUCCAAAUUACUGGCAUGGUUUUCUUCCUUGAUCGGGUGCAAGUGGCAGUUCCUCUCAUUAUUUAAUAACUCAUACCUGGAUGACAGGUUUCAUAAGAUGGUACUGGAUGUUCACAUUUCUUGAGCUAUGCUGCUAAUUGAAUGCAUAAAAGUUGCCUCGUCCAUCAUAAGUUCUGGGAGCAGAAUCAGGCCAUUCGGCCCAUCAAGACUACUCCGCCACUUAAUCAUGGCUGAUCUAUUUUUUCUAAACCCAAUUUUUCUGCCUUCGCCCCAUAACCCCAUGACACCCUUACUAAUCAAUGAUUAGUCCCCUGUGAUCUUUGGUCAAACUCUCCUCCCUGGAUCACUUUUGGACAAAAUAUGUGUAACAUUACUGGCGGUUCUCCAGUGUUAUCCUACAAAGGUGUUCUAAAUCUUUGUAGACAUUUAUAAAUGCGUUUGGGAUGUUGUGAAUUUAGUUGUGAAAUAUAUCUCAAGUGUGUGAAGAAGGGUCCCGACCCGAAAUGUCCUCUAUCCAUGUUCUCCAGAGAUGCUUCCUGACUCGCUGAAUUACUCCAGCACUUUGUGUCUUUUUGACGAAUUAACAUUUGGAUGUCUAGGAGAACAGGGUUCCAUAGUUCAUAAGCUUGGCUGCAUGCUAUUUAUAACAGGAGGCUAUUAAUCAUAAUGCCUAGUCCUGGUGUUGCUACUUAAUAUUAACCGUGUCCCAUCCUGCUUCAUCUCAUCCCAUCCUAUACCCAUAUUCUUUUUUCUUGUGUUUAUUUAGCCUUCUCUAUAAAUGCACAUAUACCAAUCACCCCAAACCAAGUCACCACAGCAUUUCCCACAUUUAAAUUGCUUUCUCUCCCCCAAUAAAGAUUUCUACUCCAAUUGAUAUGCCCUACUUUUAAGUUCCAUUAGAUCUCAUGGAUAGAAAGAGAGCAAAGCCCUACUCUGUUCAAUAUUUUCUUACAGCUAUAAUGUGCACCAUGUCAGUUCAUCUCCUUUGUACUUUUUCCAAUGGUCCAUUACCGGCUGCUUCAUCAUUUACACAGCUUCCCCUUUGUGAUAAUGUACAGCUGAUUAAUAUGGUACAGUAAAAGUGAAAGUACCUUUUACGCAUUUGUAUGAGUUGCAAAAUGUUUUGCUUACAUCUUUAUGAUGGCGCAACAGAGAAUGGACUUGAACCUGGUAUUUUUGAACAAUCUUUUACAAAAGUAUGAAACAAUGCAAAUCUGCAUCUCUUAGCUAUGAAUGCACUAGGUAUAUUUAAAAGUCACUUGCAUGGCAGAUUCGUCUGACCUUGAUACACAAGUGAAGCUUGAGAGUAGCAAAUUAUACCUGUUUUUUUAAAUAAUCUGAUGUCCAUUUAAUUUAUAGUUGGUCUGUAUUGAAAAAUAUGCAUUUGGAAGUGAGUUUUAAGGGUUUUGAAAUAUCAUGGAAAUCUGUGGUGUAAUGUUCUGAUUUGAUACUAACAUUUGGGUCAUUGCUUUUGUAUCCAAAUGCAUCAUAUCUGUAAAAUGAUUGACAUAAAUGUUCCUUAUCCUUUGAGUAAAGCACAUGGAGGAUAAAAAGUAAGCAGUGUGAGUGUGUGUAUUCUCCAGUUAAAUCUCUUGCUGUUCUUUAAAACGACCCUCUCCAACUAAGCUGCCAGAUUGUGGUUAAAUUAAAUUAUAUCUUCAUUUUA